ACUGGUUGUGGUCGUGCUCGGCGUCAGUGUCAGCGGGCGAUAGUCAGUAGGUUUCCGAACGCCGCUGAGAGCAGCUGCACACUUUCGAGAAUACGGAUACGGUUAGCUUCGUUGCAGCAGCACACCAACCAUCAACAUGGCGGUCUUUGGCAUGGUCUCGGCCGUGUCCGGCUUCAUCAAGAUUCGCUAUCUGCUGGACAAGGCGGUUAUCGACAACAUGGUUUUCCGCUGCCACUACAGGAUCACGACUGCCAUUCUCUUCACCUGUUGCAUCAUCGUCACCGCAAACAAUCUGAUCGGCGAUCCCAUAAGUUGCAUCAACGAUGGCUCCAUACCCAUGCAUGUGAUCAACACGUUCUGCUGGAUCACCUACACGUUCACGAUACCUGGCCAGCAGCACCGGCAGAUCGGAACGGAUGUAGCAGCCCCGGGAUUGGGCAAUGAUUAUGGUCAGGAGAAGCGCUAUCACAGUUAUUAUCAGUGGGUGCCAUUUGUGCUAUUCUUCCAGGGACUUAUGUUUUACGUUCCCCACUGGGUCUGGAAGAACAUGGAGGACGGCAAGAUUCGUAUGAUUACCGAUGGCCUGCGCGGCAUGGUCAGUGUGCCGGAUGACUAUCGACGUGAUCGUCAGGACCGCAUCCUCAAGUAUUUUGUAAACAGUCUGAAUACCCACAACGGCUACUCCUUCGCCUACUUCUUCUGCGAGCUGCUCAAUUUCGUCAAUGUGAUUGUAAAUAUCUUUAUGGUGGAUAAGUUCCUGGGCGGUGCUUUUAUGUCCUAUGGAACGGAUGUGGUCAAAUUCUCUAACAUGGACCAGGACAAGCGCUUUGAUCCCAUGAUCGAGAUCUUCCCAAGGCUAACCAAAUGCACAUUCCACAAGUUUGGUCCCAGCGGAUCGGUCCAGAAGCAUGACACACUCUGUGUACUGGCACUGAAUAUCCUGAACGAGAAGAUCUACAUCUUUCUGUGGUUCUGGUUCAUUAUUUUGGCCACCAUCUCUGGCGUGGCUGUGCUCUUCUCUCUAGUGGUGAUCAUGAUGCCUACCACUCGGGAGACGAUCAUCAAGCGGUCGUACCGCUCUGGACAGCGCAAGGAAAUUGCCGGCCUGGUCAGGCGCUUGGAGAUUGGUGACUUCCUGAUCCUGCACUUCCUCAGCCAGAAUCUCAGCACAAGAUCUUACAGCGACAUGCUGCAGCAGCUAUGCAGCCUGCUCGGCGCAUCCCGAACCCCAUCGGCACCAUCGACCCUCGAAAUGAACCCGAUCAGCCAUCCGAUAUACCCGCCUGUUGAGAGCUUUGGCGGCGGCAAGGAGACGGAGACAUGAACCGACUCCACCGGGGUGGCUUCUAAACAAUGAUUUCAAUGAUUUCUCAAUAAUAUUUGUAGGGGGGACAGCGAGAGUUGUGUGUCAUGAGGUUAGGUCUUUCCAUUUCUACCACCAAGACUGUUGUACGCCGGCAAAGAAACGAAAGAACGACGAGUAACAUUACAUUUUCGGAGAUGAUUCAGAAACUCAGUAACAUAACAAACUAUGCGAAAUAUAUCUAGCGAAAUUAUAAGGAAAUAAUAAUCUUUGAAUUCGGUCCUAGCCAAAAGAGACAGGUGCAGUGCGUCAUUGACACGGGGGUGAGCUAAAGAGUGAGAUAACAAGGAAGAAUAUAACAGGAUAUAAUAUGAAAUGAGAUCAGAGAGGGACACAUGCAGACCGUGCAAUUUGUAGGUUGAAGAUUGAACGACGAGGAGGAGAAAGGAGGUCUCUCCAGCAAGCGAUUUUGCUACUUGGUAUCGUAGUUAGGUCGUUGCCAAUGAUGCGCCAUUUUAAAUAUACAAUUAAGUUUAAAAGUUAGCUCGAUAGUGGGUUCGGAUCGUUGGGUCCCCAUACUAAAUACCUAUGCAGAUAUAUAUCUGCUUAUCGCUCACGCACGCUCACGAAACGUUGAUCUAUAUAAAAUUGGUAGUAAUCGAAUGAGGAAUAUGAUUAUGAUUAUGAUUAUGAAUAUUUAAUCGAGUAUACACAAUGCUCUCGCUAUUUUUGUCCUAACAUUUAGUCUACAGAUAUAUCGUAAUUUUAAGGAAUUUUGUUUAUAACAAAAUUAUUGUGAUUAUUGCUAGAAAAGAACACAUUUUACAUAAAAAAGCAAAAGAGAACCCAAGCUAUCUAAGUUCAAAGUUGUAAUAAAUAUUCUAUAUACAAUUUCA